AUGCUUUUCCAACGCACUUUUACCCAACUUUCACCUCUCGCUCUAAUAAUCUUGGGAGUGCAACUGGUUGCCUCACACUCAUGGCUCCAAUACAUCGAAGUCGAGCGUACCGGCGCUAUUGGGUAUCCUAGAAACUUCUUCGAACCCGACCCACAAGCCGACUUGCACCAUGUCAACUUGAUGGAGUCUAAUAAAUCCCUUAUCUGUAAUCAAUUUCAAAGGGAUGCCGUAAAUCUACCGGGAACACCCCGACUUAAAGCGUCCCCCGGAGACAGAGUAAUCGGAUGGCAUCGCGAGAAUGGGCAUACGACAGACCCAGUGUAUUCUGGGAAAGCUGGUAAAACGUAUUGGUACGGUACUUCGCAGCCGAGUAAGCAAACGACUCUGGGAGAUGUCAGGACAUGGACGCGCGAUGGCGGCCCCAAAGGUGCACUCGUUGGUAUUUCGAAGUUCGAUGACGGAGAAUGUGCGGAACCCAACCACACCAAAAUCUCCAAAGACAGGGGGGUCGGUGUAUAUGGUAAAAAUAAAAACUGCAGAGAUAGUGGUUUCGUGAUUCCUACAUAUGUAAAGGCUGGGACUACAUACUCGGUGUACUGGGUCUGGGACUACAGUGAAAAGUAUGGACCGGCCGUGGAUUCGGGUCACUUUGAGUUUUAUUCCCACUGCGUUGAUAUCGAUGUCAUUCCAGGAAUGGGCGAACCAAAGGUUCGUACUGUGCGUCGAUUCAAUGGCCCCUCGCGCGCUCGCGACCUUGAUUCUGAGGCUUAA